AUGUUGCACGCACUGUCCGCGGAGCGCCUUCAGUUCAAGUUUUCCAGUGAUGGGGACGAAGCUGAUGAUGCUCACGGCUCGGAUUGCGAGUUUCCUUCUUCUGAAUGCAAGGACUGUGUAGCUGAGGACGAUGGUAGUGAGAGAUACGAUCGCGAAAGUGCAAUCAAGCUGCUCACGGCACUCGUUGUGUCUGGUGACCUCAACGCGCAUGCAAACACCACCAAGACCCUCUAUGACAUGAUGCCAGAUGCAGGGGCGCCAGAAACCUGGGCAGAGCUCGACAGGUUCAAUGUUCUGGAGCAGAAGCGCAUUAAUAUAGACCGCACAAGUGAGGGAUACAUGCGCAUUGAGUGCUCAUACGAUACGUCAUUUAUACUGUUUCGUGGGAAGUUCGUCGAGAUCAGGGCAGGAACAUCGCUGGAGUGCUACAACUCUCGCUUUGUCAACUUGUGCGCUUUCCAAGCCCGGCUCGCAACUGUAGAACUUGAUAAUAGUGUGCACUUCAUGAUCCCGAGCAUGAGAACCGUCCUGGAGCAUGAUACGGAGCGAUGCAGUGUCACAUAUCGGAGCAUUUUUGUCAUGCUGGCUGCGGUUUGGAUCCUGCAUGGCAGACAGUUGUUCUUCCACCAUAUCGUCGUCCACCCACCGCCGACGACUACUGGGAACUGGAGGACCUGUCGACCGGGUGACCUCUAAAACGGUUCUAUCUUUGGUUUGGAGCGUUGGGACUUUUGGCAGGCCAGGUUAGCUGAGCUCUCUGAUAAUUCUGAUAUCAGCAAGGAAGCUCGAGAUUUGGGAACCACAGCCGCCGAUCCCAUGGCAGCUCUUGCGCGGAUAGUUAAAUGAGGGCCCCUUUGAGCUAUACAAAUGAUGCUUACCGAUGGAGUUGCCGUUGCGACUGCUACUGUACUUACUUGUUUCGUUCCGUUUAUAGUCACUCGUUAUGAACCCAAACCAAAGGAAACGGAAGUGCCGAC